AUGGCUGACGACGUGGUGGCCCAAUUCACUGAGAUCACCGGCUCAACGCCGGAGCUGGCGACUCAGUAUUUGUCGCUUGCCGAUUUCCAAAUCGAGCAGGCCAUGCAACUCUACUUCGAGAACGGAGGUGCACCAUUAACCGAGGAACCUCCGCAACCUCCCCGUCGUUCCAACUUUGAAGAUGAAUCUGGUGUUGUUCAUAUCGACUCUGACGACGAUGACGAUGCUGGGGCCGUUCAGGGUCGCCCCGCACAACCCGCCACCACACCGUAUUUCGAGGAUGAUGCCGCCAUGGCUCGCCAACUUCAAGAAGAAAUGUACGGAGGUGGAGGCGGAGGCGCCCAGAACGAUGAGGAUGAUGUGCGCGCACCCAUGGCGCGCACGACGGAGACGUUGGUGGGGCCAGAGGCCGAAUUCGGCGACGACGAUGACAUGCAUGCCAAUAUUCUCAGCCAGUUGCGUGCUCGUCAACGAGGUGGUCGACCCGGUAUCUUCAACCAGAGAGACACGGCAUCGAUAUGGACCGGCGGCUCGCAGGAUACGCACGACGAACAACUCUCGAUGGCAACUGGUGGCGCAUCAGAGGCAUCCUCCAAGUCCAACAUGCUAGCUGAGAUGUACCGACCCCCGUUCGAGAUUAUGUGCCGACUCUCUUGGGAUGCUGCUCGUGAUGAAGGAAAGGAUAACGAGAAAUGGUUGCUCGUCAACAUUCAGGACUCGUCUGUUUUCGACUGCCAAAUUCUGAACCGAGAUCUCUGGAAGGACAAGGGUGUCCAGGAGACGGUGAAAGAACAUUUUGUUUUCUUGCAGUUCUCCAAGGAUGACCCUCGGGCUUCCCCAUAUCUCCAAUACUACUUCCAAGCCAGCGAUGUGUCCGACAACUAUCCCCAUAUAGCCAUCGUCGACCCUCGGACCGGUGAACAAAUGAAGGUUUGGUCCGGCCCGCCUGUGAUUAAGGCCUCCGAGUUCCUUAUGCAGAUCCAUGAGUUCCUUGACCGCUACAGCUUGAAGCAUAAUGUGCGCAAUCCUGUGGCUAAGCGGAAGUCGGAGAAGAAGGACAAGGACGUCGGUGCAAUGACCGAGGAGGAGAUGCUGGAGAUGGCGAUGAGGAACAGUCUCGGGGACGGGGCAUCCGGAGGCCAGAAGUUGGAAGACCCCGACGACCUCACUCGGAGCAUGGACGACGUCAAAGGCAAGGGUCGCGCGACUGCCGAUGAAGAUGAGGAUAUGAGUGGGACAGAGUUAGCCGCCGAAUCAGCUGAGGCUUCCGCAUUCGCCGCUAUUCCCGACGACAAACCACACACUGAGCCCCCCGCGGAUCCAGCAACCACCACCCGCAUCCAAUUCCGUCAUCCAUCUGGUCGUGUCAUUCGUCGCUUUGCAAUUUCCGACCCCGUCCAACGAAUUUACGAGUGGCUCAAAGCUGAGCCACCGCUCGAGGACAAGGCCGGCGUGGAGUUUGAUUUGAAUGCCAUGGGAAGAAACUUAAUAGAGCACCUUACGACAAGCAUCGAGGAUGCGGGCUUGAAAAACGGCACCAUCAUGAUUGGCUAUCACGAAGAUUAA